CAUUAAACACAUAGUCUGAUCCGAAACAUUAUUGUAUUUUGGCCUAAAUAGCAUUAGCAUUCACACACACAACACAGAUACAGCCAUUUUGAUUAGCUUUAUUCUGGCAAUUUACACGUUACUCGUUCGUCGCGCUGGCCAAUAAAAAUCCUCUCUAUUUGCAUUUGUCAAUUAAACAGAAUAAUCAAAGUGAAUAAAAUUCAAUCAAUUGCAAAAAUACGCGCCCACAAUACAGACUUACACACUGCCUAACAACAUAGAGCUGUUAACGAACUUUUGUGGCACUAGAGUUAAAUACCAUUGCUUUGUGAUUAGAUAACACAGAAAAGCAUCAAACGCACAAAUACAAGCAUACACAUACAUACAAAACGUUGUCUGCCAGCUGUUUUACGUGCGCUCCCUCUCUAUCUCGCUCUCAUUCACACACACAAGCUCGUGCCCGUUUUGACAUUUUGCUCAACGCAGUUCUUGUUUUGUUUCUCACACUGGAGCGUGCGGGUAAAAAAAGUGAUUUUAAUACUUGGACAAUGCUGAAAUUUUUGCUAACUUUUGGGGCUGGAGUUUACACGGGCCUCUACGUAUCGCAAAAUUAUGAAGUGCCUCGUGUAGAUGAUCCCAAAAAAUUGAUGGAGCGACUGAACGAAAAGAUUAGCGAGCUAAUCGACGGAAAGAAAAAAACACCAGUCGACCAAAUUGUGCACGAUAUCAAAAAGGAAGCGAAAAAGAUUAUGGACGAUUAAAGAGAUGUGUUGCGUGUUUUGACAACCCGAUCGCUAGGAAAGACAAUAUAUGUAUUUAGUUUUUCUGUGUUAAAACAAAUUUUAUCUAUGAUCAAAUAAAGCAAAAUUUAAAGUUAUCUAAAUAAA